CGGCUGACCACGCCCCGCCUGCCGUUGGCUUCCCUGCGUUUCACACUUUGAGUGACAGUUCCCCCGCAUCAAUGAGCACGCGUUUCGGGGGAAAGCCCGCCCCCGGGGCGUUACCACGGCAACAAGACUGAAGGGAGCGGCGGAGCCGGGAAGAGAGCCGAGUGAGAGCUCCAGCGGAAGGCUGGGCAGCAAAGCCACCAGGCGCAAUGCCUCCCCCGCCGGACAUCGUGAAGGUAGCCAUUGAGUGGCCUGGAGCUAAUGCCCAGCUGAUUGAAAUAGACCAGAAACGGCCCCUGGCAUCAAUUAUCAAGGAGGUGUGUGAUGGGUGGUCCUUACCCAACCCAGAAUAUUAUGCCUUUCGCUAUGCGGACGGCCCCCAGCUAUAUAUAACUGAACAGACUCGUGGAGACAUAAAGAACGGAACUAUUUUACGGCUGGCCGUAUCGCCGUCUCGUGCAGCCCGCCAGCUCCUGGAGAGGAUACAAUGCUCCAGCAUGGAUUCCCGGCUUGAUGCAAUGAAGGAACUGGCUAAGCUUUCUGCAGACACUACUUUUGCUACCGAGUUCAUUAAUAUGGAUGGAGUGACUGUCCUCACCCGCCUGGUUGAAGGAGGCACAAAGCUCUUGUCACAUUACAGUGAGAUGUUAGCCUUUACACUGACCGCCUUCUUGGAAUUGAUGGAUCACGGCAUAGUCUCUUGGGACAUGGUCUCUCUAAUCUUUAUAAAGCAGAUCUGUGGCUAUGUCUCCCAGCAGUCAGUGGAUGUCUCUAUUCUGCAGCGGUCUUUAGCUAUAUUAGAGAGUAUGGUAUUAAACAGCCAGGCUCUGUACCAUAAGAUCGCAGAGGAAAUCACCGUGGGUCAACUUAUUUGCCACCUGCAAGUCUGUAACCAGGAGAUCCAGACGUACGCCAUUGCGCUCAUCAACGCCCUAUUUCUGAAGGCGCCAGAGGAAAAGCGACAGGAGAAGCCCCAGAGUCUCAUGGAAGUUCCUGUUAGUGAAAUGGCGAAUAUCUUCGUACAGAAGCAUCUCCGAUCUAUUAUUCUUAAUCAUAUUAUUCGAGGAAAUCGGCCAAUCAAGACAGAAAUGGCGCAUCAGCUGUAUGUGCUUCAGGUGCUGACCUUUAACCUCCUGGAGGAACGGAUGAUGACUAAAAUGGACCCCAAUGACCAGGCUCAGCGAGACAUAAUAUUUGAGCUCAGAAGAAUUGCAUUUGAUGCUGAAUCUGAUGGGAGUGGAGUGUCUGGAAGCGGUACUGAAAAACGCAAAGCUAUGUACAGCAAGGACUACAAGAUGCUUGGCUUCACUAAUCAUGUCAACCCAGCUUUGGAUUUCAUUCAGACGCCCCCUGGCAUGCUGGCGCUGGACAACAUGCUGUACCUGGCAAAGUUUCAUCAGGACACUUACGUUAGGAUUGUCUUAGAGAACAGCAGUAGAGAAGAUAAGCACGAAUGCCCGUUUGGACGCAGCGCCAUAGAGCUGACCAAAAUGUUAUGCGAGAUUCUGCAGGUUGGAGAACUGCCCAACGAAGGGCGUAAUGAUUAUCACCCCAUGUUCUUCACACACGAGAGGGCGUUCGAGGAGUUUUUCUGUAUCUGCAUCCAGUUGCUUAAUAAGACCUGGAAGGAGAUGAGAGCCACCGCCGAGGACUUCAAUAAGGUAAUGCAGGUAGUAAGAGAGCAGAUUACCCGUGCUCUGCCCUCAAAACCCAACUCGCUGGAGCAGCUGAAAAACAAGCUUCGUAGUUUGAGUUACACAGAAAUUCUUCGCCUGCGUCAGUCUGAGAGGCUGAGCCAGGACGACUUCCAGUCUCCCCCCAUUGUUGAAUUGCGGGAGAAAAUCCAACCUGAAAUCCUGGAAUUGAUCAAACAGCAGCGGCUGAACCGUCUGUGUGAAGGAAGCAGCUUCCGGAAGAUCGGUAACCGGCGGAGGCAAGAGAGGUUUUGGUUCUGCCGUUUGGCCCUAAAUCAUAAGGUUUUGCACUACGGAGACUUGGAGGAGAACGCACAAGGGGAGGUGCCGUAUGAAUCCCUGCAGGAGAAGAUCCCGGUUGCUGAUAUAAAGGCUGUGCUGACUGGAAAGGACUGUCCGCACAUGAAGGAGAAGAGCGCCCUGAAGCAGAAUAAGGAGGUGCUGGAAUUGGCUUUCUCCAUAUUGUAUGAUCCAGAUGAGACCCUGAACUUCAUUGCACCAAAUAAGUAUGAGUACUGUAUCUGGAUUGACGGAGUGAAUGCUCUCCUGGGGAGAGAGAUGAGCAGUGAGCUGACCCGCAGUGACAUGGACACUUUGCUCAGUAUGGAGAUGAAGCUGCGUCUGCUGGAUCUGGAGAACAUACAGAUUCCCGAGGUGCCUCCCCCCAUCCCCAAAGAGCCCAGCAGCUAUGACUUUGUCUACCACUAUGGCUGAUGCGGAGCACGACAUGGAGGACAUGCACGCCCACUAUUGUGGGGAGACACCUCUCAUUAACAAGCAGUAUAACAAAGCAGGUCUGCCCUGAGGGAAGGGGGGGCUUAUGUAUUACAGAACCAUGCCCGCCACAGGCCCAGUCCUCAGAAGAGCUCCCAUUGGACAGAUAGCUGCAGCUCUACAGAAGAGCAGCGGGUCUCCCAUGACGUUCCGGGUUACGGUUCUCGCCUACCAGCUGCCCUCUUUUCUCCAUGUUUUUACUAGGUACUGAAGAAGGCUGCUUAUACUAUGGUCAGUAGCUGUGUAGGGUCCAAAUCCGUUCAGUUCCAUAUUUGCCUUAAUAUUAGAGAUUGCUUAUCCAAGCAAAUUGCUGCUUACUACCAUCCCCCUCCAGAAUGGAGCGCGGCACCAUCACCGCGCUAUGAACAAGCACAACCGGUUCUCUUCUUUCUUAUAGUCAGGGAGGCAUUUUCCGUCUUGUUACAGGAUCUGCUUCUCUUUAAACAAGUUUUUUUUUUUUCAUUUUUAACCACUUCCUCUCUAAGAGGUCGCUGCAAACCGGGGAGGAAUUUUUUUUUUUGUUUUUCUUCGUUUAGGUACAUAAACCUUCUUGAUGUGGUACGAAUCUCAUCCCACGUAACUGUAAAUGACCACUGGGAGGGAGCGUUUGAAUGUUACUGAUAUGUCAAGGUACAGGAGGCUGACAUCCAAAAUAAUAUGUAAUGUUACUAAUAAAUAAUUGA